AUCUUUGUCUCCAUGGCAACCGAGCCGGCCCCGCUCACGUGACGGAUAAUCACGUGAUGUUUGGUUGCUAUCGAGCUGUUUCCGGGUCGAUGAGGGACGCGGCCGCCGGGGCCUGAAAGUCCAAGAAAGGAGCAUGGACCAACCCAGUGGCAGGAGUUUCAUGCAAGUUCUUUGUGAGAAAUACAGCCCUGAGAACUUCCCGUAUCGCCGCGGCCCUGGUAUGGGUGUGCACGUCCCAGCAACUCCACAGGGCUCACCUAUGAAAGAUCGUCUCAACCUUCCGAGCGUGCUGGUGCUGAACAGCUGUGGCAUAACCUGUGCAGGGGAUGAGAACGAGAUCGCUGCCUUCUGUGCUCACGUCUCUGAACUUGAUCUUUCUGACAAUAAGCUGGAAGACUGGCACGAGGUCAGUAAAAUUGUGUCCAACGUUCCCCACUUGGAGUUUCUAAAUUUGAGUUCCAAUCCUCUCAGUUUAUCCGUUCUAGAAAGAAGGUGUGCUGGAUCCUUCGCUGGUGUCCGCAAACUUGUGCUCAACAACAGCAAAGCUUCCUGGGAAACAGUCCACACAAUCCUUCAGGAGUUACCUGACUUGGAGGAGCUCUUCCUGUGCCUUAACGACUAUGAAACAGUGUCUUGUUCUCCAGUUUGCUGUCAGUCUCUCAAAUUACUCCACAUAACUGACAAUAAUCUUCAAGACUGGACUGAAAUUCGAAAACUGGGAAUUAUGUUUCCAUCUCUGGACACACUUAUUCUGGCUAACAACAACCUCACCACCAUCGAAGAGACAGAAGAUUCCCUUGCAAGGCUGUUCCCCAACUUGAGAUCCAUCAAUUUGCACAAGUCAGGUCUGCAUUGCUGGGAAGACAUUGACAAGUUAAAUUCUUUUCCCAAGCUCGAGGAAGUGAAACUGCUAGGAAUCCCUUUGCUGCAGUCCUACACCACUGAGGAGCGCAGGAAGCUGCUAAUAGCCAGGUUGCCAUCUAUCAUCAAGCUCAAUGGGAGCAUUGUUGGUGAUGGGGAGCGAGAGGACUCGGAGCGAUUCUUCAUCCGGUAUUACAUGGAGUUCCCAGAGGAGGAAGUCCCAUUCAGGUACCACGAGCUGAUCACAAAGUAUGGGAAGCUGGAGCCCUUGGCAGUCGUAGAUCUUCGGCCGCAGAGCAGUGUGAAGGUGGAAGUUCAUUUCCAGGACAAAGUGGAGGAGAUGUCGAUCCGUCUGGAUCAGACUGUGGCAGAACUGAAGAAGCACUUAAAAACUGUGGUGCAGCUGUCAACCAGCAACAUGCUGCUCUUCUACUUGGACCAGGAAGCCCCCUUCGGCCCAGAGGAGAUGAAGUACAGCUCACGAGCACUGCAUUCCUAUGGCAUUCGGGAUGGAGAUAAAAUCUACGUGGAGCCCAGGAUGAAGUAGCCUCUCUCGACCUACACCCCCCACACACCCACACACAUGCAUUGAAGGAGUGUUUGCAAGGUUUUUGUUUCGUUCGGUCAGUUGAGGUUUGGUUGUGUUUCUAUAGCAGGUUAAUGGCUUAGCCCGGAGCGAGCGCCCUGAUGACAGAGCCAUGCCCACCACCCACUGCAGGUGACCUUGAGGUGACAACUGACUUCAGUGCGUGUGUUUAGGUGUGUGCAAGACCCCUGUGUUUUCUUUGAUGCUCCGGUAUACUCGUGAUUUGGCACGAAUGGUCAGUUGUUGAAGCUGAAGAAUACUAGGGCCCAUAAGGGAGAAGAUAACUUGCUGCGGAAUUUGACCUGUUUAUUUUUCUUUCCCUAAGAAACGUGGGUUGUUUGGCACCACCAGAGCACCCCAGCUAUCCAACUGCAGUUUGAGCGAGCUUGGUUUUCCAUCUGGGUGCUGUCUCGUAGCCUUUUGUCACACUCAAGCUCACAGAAAAAGAUCUGAAACAGUGUUCACUUUGAAUCAGAGCUCAGGUAUUCAGCGUUCAGUGCGUCUGCUUAGCUCCGCUGGUUGGUGUGAGCGCACAGGAUGAGGGAAAGACAGGGAUGCUAUGAGAGAGAAAGGAUUUCUUUUAGAAACACGUGCCUGUAGCACUGUCAGCCUGCAGGCAAAGCAAGGCCCUGUAAUUUGGGAAAGGAACUGUGGGCUGGCAUUGUGUUAGAGGGGGUUCUGGGGUAGUGGGUCGGCAAUGUAGUGAGGAGUGUGCUCCCCCAUUGGCUUGGAUACAUCCCUGCGAUGCCGAAAGGUCUUCCAAUGAGCACUUAACCUUGCACCGCUGUGUCCCGAGAGUGGAAUGGCUGAAAUUGUUCUCCUGGGAGGGAGUAAGACUCGAGUUGAAGUUUGUUUGUUGUUGUUGCACCAGAAAUGAAACCUGGCACUUUCCCCAGGGACCCCCGGCUGCGGGGUCUCCAUUUAGGGUCCAUGCUAGCGGAAUGUGUUCACUCAGAUCAGUUUCUUAGACAUCAAGUCCAAAAGCACCUAUACCCAUGUGUAUUGUAAAGCGGGUGUUCACUAGAUCCCCCUCCCCCCACAUGCACCUUGUAGGCAUUGUGUGCUGCUCCUUCAAUUAGCCCCCCUUCUCUAAUGCAGCGCAGAUUCCUGUGCGAUGAAACCCUCAGUCCUUGAUAUCUCUUGUAGAUCAGACAGCCGUUUCGCUUUUACUCUGUCCUCCCUUGUUCUUCUGUCAUCCUGAAAAGCUGAAGACUUUUCAGAUUACCUUGUUAUAAGCAACUGCAUCAGUUUCUGAAGCCGUGCAGUGAGAGCUCUGGUUACACGUGAACUCCUGACCGUAGUCUUGAAAUGCUCCCUGUCCCCACAUGCACUUUUUUUUCCCCGAGAUGCUUUUGUCCACGCCACCGAGCUCCUUUAUAGCCUUGGAGUUGUGCAUUUCUCUUCAUAUUUUACCUAGAUCGUGGGGUGGGGCAGGAUGGGGAGGGGGACAAAGUAUUAUCUCGUGAUCUUCAGGUUCGGGUUGUAGGGACCGUUGAGAGGGGAUUAGUUCCGCAUCCACAGUAAGGAUUAAAAAUGGCAGGAUUUAAGACAAGGUAAUUAUUUCUGCCUCAUCUCCCUGCCAAAAAACCAUCCAUCUCCUGGCACCAUCGAGACGAGCAAUAGUAAAUGGAGCAGGAGUCGCCAUAGGGUAGAGUAGAGACUACAACCACAGCUGCAGGGCCUCAGUACCCGUAAAGCACGAGCAGGGAGAUGGUGGCAGUGUACCAUAAGAUGAUGCUUUUAUAAGCUAGAGCUUUACUGAAAAUGUAUUUUCCAUUUGGGCAGCGAAAGGCGUUUUGCUGCCUUAUAGCGGAACUCUUAAGCCAACACUUCUGUAUGAUAUAUACAUAGAUAUGCAUCGGAAAAGUUGUGUUUAAUAAGAUAUUUUGUUAUAAAACAAAGUUUUAUGAAGAUAUGGUUGUUUAAUAUUAGAAGCCUAUUUCUUCCUUUGACCUCCUGUUUAAGUACAUCAUCCAUCGGUCGCCGCGUUGUCCGAAUUAGGCAACCAGUGCGGAUGUAAAAGAAUCUCUGAUCUAAUUCUACAGAGCAGUAAUUGCCUACAUGGAUAUAUUUAUGGCGCUGUAACUGGUAUUAGUGAGAUGCUGUAAUUACUGACCAGCUUGCUCAGCACAAUUAAAUGUCUCAGUUGCAGAGAGGGAAAUAAACAAAGUCCAUUAAAGAACUAAAGGGGAUAUUGAAGAAGA